AUGGAGGCAUCCGAUGAGGCGGAAUUACGGCGUGUCCUGCUUCCGUCCAACGACAAGACUGAUAAUCACGUGAAGAAUGCGACACAAGAAGCUCAACAAAAGGACGAAAGCUCAAUGAAUACAAUGGAACGACUUAUACUUUCGCCUUGGGAGAAAUGGACCAAACACGGUCGCUUUCCAUACAAGCUGCUGCUCCACGUAGCCCUAAUACUUCUUACCUUUGCUCAAAUGCAGCUAUUUGAUGCCCAAAAUGCUGCUUAUAUGCGUACUUCAUAUCGAAAUUGGGCAUUCUUCUUUCUUCCUCCUUCCGCAGAUAUUGGCGUCGUCAGACCCCGAUUUCAACGGAAUUUCUAUACAAUCAACCAUACAAUGACAGCAGUGCACUAUCUACGGGAUUCGUAUUUCUCCAUUGGUAACGCGUCUGUUGCCAAUUAUGAAUAUCUACGCACCUCCACGGGCGAAAUCCAGCCACUCAAACUGACAGUCGGUCGUGUGCUACCUCAUGGCGAGAUGGAAAUGCGCGAAUAUUUUGUCUCGCAGGAUGACGAGAGUGUGGGGCCCUUUGACCUGAGAAUGACGUUGUGGCAGAAAAAACACUUAUUUCGAUCACUUCAUGUCGUCAAGUUUUCGUUCCCAUUGCGUGACCGCCAGAUUGGAAAUUUCUACGAAGAGUGUUUUAAGUGGCACGUGAAUGUGAGGUUUCAAGUUAUUGAAAGUGCUCAAAUUCAUGUUCAGUUGGAGGACUGCGAAGUAUUGCGCUGCGCUAGCAUGCAUCCACGUCCGUUCUGGGCAACGGCCAGACAAAGCUUUGUCUGGAUGCACGUGGUUGUUGCGGUGUUCUCGCUCUUGUAUAUGGCUCUCAGUCUUAGCGCUCUGCGAAGAUCCUUCUGUUUCAUGACACGUGCCAGGAAAUUGCUAGUGGAUCAUGUCCCUAAGAAAAAUCACGAUAAGAAUGGCUGUGGGUCUUACGAUAUAGCCUCGGAUGACAGUGAUUCCGAUCGAUCGCAGCGCUACGCCAAUCAUCGCGGAUUUUUAAGAUCUUGGUCUCAAAUUCCAUUUACACUCAAGCUCCAACUUCUCAACCGCUUACAGCUACUGGUACUCAUCUCGCUCGUGCUACUACUUCUAAGUACAAUGUGGAGUUUGCUUUUUUUGGAAGCUCACAUGCCAAUUCGAUUUGGGCAUCGAUUACUGCAUGCGACAGCAUUGCUGCUACUUUGGAGUUGUCUCGUUGGAUAUUUGGAGCACAAUCAGCACAUCUAUUCAAUUGUUUUGACACUCAAGUGGGGCACGCCACGUGUACUACAGUUUUUGCUCGGUGUAUCUCCAAUCUUCGUUGGGUAUGCUCUUUUCGGGACAAUCUACUUUGGAAACAAGAUUGAGGAGUUCGGCACACUAAGUGCUUCAAUGAUUACAUUGUUCUCGCUGAUGAAUGGGGACAUUAUUAUGGAUACGUUCGAUGCGAUGGAGCUUCACCACUUUACCGUAUCGGGAAGCGCGUACCUGUACUCGUUUAUUUCGUUGUUCAUGUACGUAGUCCUGAACAUCUUUAUCGCCAUCGUUGAGGAGGCGUUUUUCGCUACACAAUCUAGUCGUCGGCGGCUUAGUGACUACCGCGUCAAGGUAGCGAAGGAGUCGGACAUCUCCGCAGAAAUGAUGCAUACUCUUUUUCGGCUCAUGGACUCAGAAUGA